AUAGAUAGAUAGAUAGAUAAUUAGAGAGAGAGAGAGAGAGAGAGAGAGAGAGAGAGAGAAUGGAAUGGAGGAAGUGCUACUUGGAUUUGUUGCUGGUGCCAUUUGGGUUCUUUCUCAAUGUUUUAUACCACUGCUGGCUAUGGCAGAAGGUUAGAAACAAGCCCAUGAAUACAUUGAUAGGUGUCAAUACGGCUGCUCGACGUCUGUGGGUGGUGGCCAUCAUGAAGGACGUCGACAAGAAGAACAUCUUAGCCGUCCAAACCCUCCGAAACACAAUCAUGGGCUCGACCCUGAUGGCGACGACAUCGAUCCUCCUAUGCACAGGCCUAGCAGCUGUCAUAAGCAGCACAUACAGCAUAAAAAAGCCACUCAACGACAGUGUCUUCGGCGCCCAUGGAGAGUUCAUGUUAGCCUUGAAGUACGCCUCACUCCUCCUCAUCUACCUAUUUUCAUUUCUCUGCCACACUCUCUCUAUUCGAUUCAUAAACCAGGUGAACUACCUCAUCAACACUCCGCUGGACCCCACGUCGAUCGUGACCCUUGAUUAUGUGUGUGACCUACUAGAUAAAGGGUUCGUACUCAACACUGUCGGGAAUAGAUUGUUCUAUGUAGGACUACCACUCCUACUUUGGAUUUUUGGGCCAGUGCUCGUGUUCAUGUGUUCGGUCUCGAUGGUUCCAAUCUUCUACAAUCUUGAUGUUUUUUAUGGGAAGAUGGAGAGUGGGGACAAGGCCAUGGAGGAUGUUUGAGUGGUGGAAUUUCAAUCGUGGGAUGCGAUUGUGAGAGAUCUGGACCGUUCAUUAAGUGGUCCAUGUGGUAGAUGUGCUGUGGUCUGAAAACCAAGGUGUGUAUCUUUGUUGGGUGGGGAAUAAUAUAUGUGGUUCAUAUCCAAUGUAUAUAUAUAUGGGUCCAUCCUGAUGUGGGCCAGACUGAUCUUUUGACGACAGAGACAUUCGCUAUGGACCCAUCUGAUGAACGGACUGGAUCUUGCACAUGUGUGUCGCUUCUGACAUUAUAGGGGGGCUCGUGUUUGGUGCAUCUGCGUGCACUGUUGGAAAUAAGCACUAAUUGGUUAGUUGGAUUGAGAAGGUUUUUUUUUUUUUCUGGUCAUAGAUUGCCUGUGAUUUGUCAAUUGAUGUUGAUGUAUGAGAUGGGUCCUUGAUCAACACCCACAGGCUAAUGAAAAUAUCUCUCUCUCUCUCUCUCUCUC